CACAUUGAUGGACAGUACUGCUAUAGCAGUAGUUUUUAAAUUUGAUGUACGUAUAUCACUACUGCUAUUGCAGUAGUUCAAUAUUCGUUUAUUAAAACUCACUACUGCUAUAGCAGUACUAUUUUCAAUAGUUUUAUACGGUAGAGAAUUUCCCACUGCCCCACUACAACUCAACGGAUCAUUGGGCACUGUAUUUUAAAACCACUUAUUUCUAUUUUUAGUAUUUGCUGUUUAUGAUAAUAAUAUUAUCGGUAAUAUUAUUGACAAUUAUUUACGACAGCUGUUUAUUUUAACGAAUAACAAUCAGAUAUUGAAUUCACUAUUUAUAAUUUAUUUAUUUAUAUAAAUUAUCGAUUGUUUCGUCAUAAUAUUUAGUUAUUUGAUGGUACUGCUAUAGCAGUAGUGAUAUACGUACAUGAUAAUUACUAUGUAGGUGGACAAUACUGUUAUAACAGUAGUCAAAUUACUACUGCUAUAGCAGUAGUAUGUAAUUGCGUUUCAAAAGUUACACAAAAAAAACCACAACAAUUCAGAAUGUCCAUCAAUGUGUUAAAGAACCAAAUUAAUAAUAAUAUAAUUGUAUAAGUACCUACCACCACUAAAACAUUUAAUUAAUUGUUUUUUUCAAGAUUUUAUUGUUUAUUUUUAAAAAUGUUAAUAAGUAUUUAGUUAUCUGUAAUCCGUGUUACAUAGCAUACAUGUCAUAUGAUUUAAAUUUACAGAUCUUUAGUUACUUUAUUUUCUCAUUGAACAAAUUUAUAACUAUGGACGAAAUGAAACAACUAGCAAUUACAUUAAUGCAGUGUAAAUCAUUCAAAGAGCGACAAGAACGUUUGAGUGAAGCACUAGAUCAUCUGUCUUUCAACCAUCCUGAUCUCUACACUGUGUGGUUUAGAGAGAUGAAAAAAAGAGAACUGGAGUCUAACGACCCAAAUAAAAUUACUAAGUGGUUAAAUAAUCCAUCAUCUAAAUCAUUUGUAAAACUUCAUGAAGCAUUGUUAUUGGUUAAGAAUAACAACAUAAUGGCCAUCGAGGAGUAUAUAAAAAAUUUAAAGUGUAUGCUAAAUCAAACAAUUGAAAACGGUACCAACAUUGAUGUAGCAGUGAAAAUAUGCCAUUUAAUUGAGAAAUCAACAAAAUUAACCAUCGUUCACGAGAAUUUGAAACAUCUAAUUCACCAAGUAAAUCAACUGAACAAAAGAAGUCAACGUCACAUGCCGACAGAAAACAUUUGGACAAAUCAUUUUAAAUCCCCACAAGUAGACCCUUUCCAACAAUUCAAUACUCAGCCUGCUCAACACAUGAAUACCCCUGUUUGGCCAAACGUACUGCAACCGACAGAUUUAAAAUCUGUCUCUGGUCUACCACACUUUAGCAUGGAAUGUUUUGGCUACAACCAUCUGGAGAUGAUUGCAAAGACAAACAGAGCCGCUAUUUUGGGAGACUCGCAAUCACUAGUCGACCUGACAAUCAUUAAUCAAGAAAUGGAUGGAGCGGUUGCUAAGUGGCUUCACUACUUAAAAUUACAUAAAUACCAAUGGUUCUUCAAUAGCCUCAGUUAUCUUGAAAUUGAAUUCAUUGACGAGGACAAUAUUGAUGAUUUCAUUGCUAAAGUGAACAAAAAUUCCAUUACAAAAGGUGCACAAAGAAAGAUCUGCAUAUCAACAAAGACGUUGAGAGAUCGGCCACAAAAGUUGAACGACUUAUUAUUGGCUUUGGAUUUGGAAGUUACACCAAAUGAACUGUGUGAGUUCAUGUCGUACAUGCGAGACAUAUUGCAUUAUCCCAUACCGAACAAGAAUUGUGUUGUCGGCGACCAAUUACAACAAGACAUAGUCCUUGUCAUGGAGAAAUUGUUAAAUCAACUGCUAGAAAAACUUGGUAUGGUCCGUUCAUUAAUAGCCCAGAGUCUACUUGGAAUGUCUAUCAAUAAAUACUUGGAGUGCAUCUUAUUAAUAAUUGGUAAUCAAACUUUCAUGAAACAGCAAAUAGACAAAUCAUUGUUGUUUGCUGAAACCUUAAAAUAUAAAGUCCAAAGAAUGCCUAGAAACUUUAAUUAAUGUUUUCAUUGUAAUUCUGCAGUUGGAAUUUCAUAUUACAUAUGCAUUAUUUUUUAAAAAUUUAUUAUUGUUAAUAGUGACUGAUACCUAUUUGAUUUAUUUUGAUGUAAUUGUUUUAUUUAUCUAGAAUUUAUAUAAUUGUUUAAGACCUUAACUUUUUAUAUUUAUAUAUAUAUAUAUAAUAUAUAUGGAUCCAUUUUAUAUUCAAUUGUUAUAGUAUUCAAAAUUAUUGUUUUGUUAACUUAAUAAUUCAGUGCUUAAGAGACUUGAAUUUUACUUAUCAAUAGGAUUAUUUUAACUAUUGUUUUAUUAUUGGUGUAACAUUACUAUUUUACGUAACUAAAAAACUUUGAUUUGUUUUUAUUUUGUCGUUUUGUGUUAAUUAUAUUUAAAAUCUAUUAUGGUUGCAUGUUUUUGAUUGUAUUAAUUUAAAUAACUUGUUCUAUUUUAAAUGUUUUUUGUUAACUAUUAAUUUAUUGACCACUAUAAAAUUUAUGUUACCUCAAACCAUUUUGAGACUGAAUUAUUUUAAUUUUUAUUAUUACUAUUUAGUUUAUAUAUAGUUUAAAGGAGAUGAU